GCAAGGGCAAGUCCGCUGGCAAGAAGGCCGUGAGCCGCAGCUCCAAGGCCGGCCUGCAGUUCCCCGUUGGUCGUAUCGCUCGCUACCUGAAGAAGGGCCGCUAUGCCGACCGCAUUGGUGCUGGUGCCCCCGUGUACCUGGCCUCUGUGCUCGAGUACAUUACUGCCGAGGUCCUUGAGCUGGCUGGCAAUGCUGCCCGCGACAACAAGAAGAACCGCAUCGUUCCCCGCCACAUCCAGCUGGCCAUCCGCAACGAUGAGGAGCUCAGCAAGCUGCUGGGCGACGUGACCAUUGCAUCGGGUGGUGUGCUCCCCAAC